AUGUCGUCUCUCGUGAUAGAUCUUGCGGGCAAGACCCUUAUCUCGCAGGGAACAGCGUAUGGCUUGCUCAUCGGCCUCGGCGUGGUAUUCUGCGGCGUCAUUCUGGCCGCUGUGAAAAUCCAAAGAGUAUAUCUGUCUGAAGACUCGGGCACAUCCGAAAUGUUCAUGGUGGCCAACCGAACAGUCGGAACCGGAUUGACGGCCUCUGCAGUGUUUUCGUCGUGGAUGUGGAUUAAUGAGACUGUGCUGGCUGCGGCCAUGUGCUACAAAUUUGGCCUGGCGGUGCCAAUGUGGUGGGGUUCUGGACUCUGUUUUCAAAUCGCGCUCAUGGCGACUCUCGGCGUGUUGGCUAAGAUUAGGGUUCCGUAUGCCCAUACGUCGCUAGAGAUCAUUCGACAGCGAUAUGGCCGUAUAGGGCAUGUUGUGUUUAUUGUUCUGAACCUAGCGUGUAACAUCUUCGGCUGCUCUUCGAUGAUUUUGACGGGCUCUCAGCUGAUCUAUGGGGUGUCCGGCAUGCACUUCGCUGCGGCUACUAUACUUAUUCCCUUAGGAGUGGUAUUGUACACUGCAGUGGGUGGAUUGAAAGCGACAUUUAUCACUGACUAUCUUCAUACGACGGUUGCUUUGAUUCUGAUCAUUUUCUUCACGCUCUCUGUCCUAACAAACGAAACCAUCGGCGGUCUGGGAGGUCUAUACGAUAAAGUGCGAGCGACUGCGGCAGAGAACUAUAUCGACGGGAACUACCAAGGUUCUCUUUUAACGAUGAAAUCCAAACAGGCUAUCAUCUGGGGCCUCAUUCUCAAGUUCGGAAACCUUGCUCUGGUGGUUAUGGACACUGCCUUUUGGCAAAAGUCAUUUGCGACUGAAGUCAAAGCCACUGUUCCCGGCUACGAUCUGGCAGCAGUGGCUAUCUUUGGAAUUCCCUGGGGACUGGGCACGGUUAUCGGCCUGACUGCGCGAGCCAUCCACAACACUCCAAUCUGGCCUGCGUAUCCUGCCGAGUUCACCACCGCCGAAGUCAACGCAGGACUGGUCAUGCCGUACGUCAUCAAGGCAUUGAUUGGAGACCAGGGUAUAGUCGCCUUCUUCGUGCUUCUUUUCAUGGCCCUCACAAGCACUGUAUCCUCCUCCAUGAUCGCAGUCAGCAGUAUCCUAUCCUUCGACCUGUACAAAACCUACAUUAACCCUAAGGCCACCGACAAACGCCUCGUGCACAUCAGCCAUUUAUCAGUGGUCUUCCACGCCGUAUUCAUUACUGCAUUCUCGCUCAUCCUCAACUACGGCGGCGCCGACAUGACAUGGAUAGGCUAUUUCCGCCCCGUUUUGACCUGCCCUGGUAUUCUGCCAUUGAUAUUCACUCUCUGCUGGAGCGGCCAAACUCGUCUCGCGCUGAUCCUGUCUCCAAUUCUCGGCUUUGCAACCGGCGUCGCGAUUUGGUUAGCUACUGCAUAUCAUUUGUACGGCGAAAUAAACCUGACAACCACCGAGGCCGGUCUGCCUGCUCUAUACGGCGCCAUCGGCUCGUUUUUUUCGCCCGGUCUUUACUCGCUGCUAAUUUCACAGUAUAAGCCGUACAAAUUCGACUGGCGCGAGUUUCUACGCAUCGAACUUGCAGAUACAAAAAAGCACAAUGCUGGGGAAUCAUCUUCAUCAUCGACCAGCUUUGAAGAGAAGAAUGCUUCGCAAUCAGCUAACACCAAAACUCCUAACACCACCAUCAACCCUCUUCCAUCUCACGCCAUAACAUCCACCGACGAACCCACCACCACUACCUCCUCCACCUUCUCCCCUACCCAAACUUCACCCUCAACAAUAAGUCUAGAAGACAUCCGCCACCCCUUUUCCGACGAAACGCUAAAAGAGCUACACCAUUGGUACCGCAUUGCCUGGGCUAUCUGGGUAUUCAUUGUGCUGAUUACCUUUGUUGCGUGGCCCAUGCCACUCUAUCGGGAUUAUGUCUUUACCAAACCAUUUUUUAAGAGCUGGACUAGUGUCGCGAUUCUAUGGCAGUUUGUGGCGUUUUUUGCGGUCGUCGUGUUUCCGUUGUAUGAUGGCCGGAGGCAGAUUGUGGCCGGGGUGACAGGGGUAUGGAGGAGUUUGAGGGAGUAUAUCAGAGGGGUUGGGCAGGGGGGAGUGGAUUAA